ACUGUCCUCCCCUAUUCCAGCUCUACCUGUCUGAGUGUCAGAUCUACCUGGAGGCAGUACCUGCUAUGUUCCGCCUGGAACUACUGGAGAACAUCUUCUCCCUGCUCUUCCUGUCCAGCGCUGAUUUUACCUUCCACAACCAUCAGGGGGAGACGACGAGCACAGGCCAGACAGAACACUCCGAAGAGAAAGAAGGGAAGAGAAGAAAAGGACAACAGGAAGGGAAAAAGAGAGGAGACGGACGGGAGGAGAACGAAAGCUCAAGCAAAACCGAAGUAGGUGGAAGAGGAGAAGCGGAUCAAAGCAAAAUGACAAAAGAGAAUCACCACCAACCCCUCAACUUCCCCUUCUCAGCGUCCCAACGGAGUCACCUUGAUCUGGGCCACUUGACGGCAGGCUGCAGGGGCUUCCUAGUGGACCUCGGGGCCAUGCAGGGGUUCCUGCGGCUGCUGAGAGAGAGUCUGGAAGGGGUGGUGGUAGUGGGUCAACGGUCGGGGCAGGAGGAGGGCAGGGCUCUGGCGGGGGAGGCAGAGGCGGCAGAGAGUCUGGGCUGCUCUGUGACGGCAGAGACUUUCGGGGCUCGCCUGCAGAGACUGUCCAAGAGGACAGCAGAAGCCCAGUGGAGACUACAGAUUAUCGCUUCUAACCAGGACAGCGGCAACGGUGAGUUACAACCAGUAACACUAACCUCAACCUUAACCAGACCACUAGCAGAGCAACGAUGCUCCAGAGGAGUGGCUGAUAUAAGCAAGGGAUACGAUGUGCUGUUGUCGUUCCUUCUAGAACUGUUGUUGUCCCCUGUUCCAGAUGGCAGUGGAGGAGCCGGGCGGUCGGAGUGGGAGGUGUGCCCCUGUGGAAGUAUGGGUAGCUGGGUAGUUCCAGCCAUGCUGGCUCCACCUGAGUCCCUGCUCAUGGCCUGCAUCCGCCGGGGAAACUACAUGGAGGCACACCAGGUUAGGACCAAGGGUUACAGGUUAGGACCAAGGGUUACAGGUUCCCUCUACGUGGAACAGAGGACAAGGUGUGGGAUGUUAGCCCUCUACGUGGAACAGAGGACAAGUUGUGGGAUGUUAGCCCUCUACAUGGAACAGGAAUCCAUUGUGGAGGACCACGUUGUGGCCAGUCCUUUAGGCUGCUGCAUACAGGAAGUGUUGCUGUGCUGCCACCCUGUGCUGAGUGAGGAGGGCAUCGCUACCCGACUGAGCCUGGCACAGCACCUAGAGAUCACCCUGCAGACCCUGUCCACCGCUACAGAAACCACAGGUAUAUAUCACCUUGCUGCCCCGGGCCACCGCUACAAACAUCACAGGUUAGUUACAGCCCUGGCUAGGUUAGCACCACAGGUCCGUUACAGACCCUGGCUAGACCAAAGCAGUGAGGUGAAGUUGGGCAACCCUCUCCUGGUACUCCUCCAGGCCCCAUCUCAGCUCCUCUCUCACCUGCUGUUUGAUAGACAGGUGUCUCCUGACAGAGUUUUGUCUCUGUUGCAGCAGGAGGGUCUGCGUCUGAGUGUCCAGCAGGUGAUUGUGCAGCGCUGCUGUGAGGCUCUACCUUUGUGGGACUGGUGCCCCGAACCAGAGAGGGAAGCUAGCCCCAGGAGAGAGGCUGGUACCGGGGGAGAGGCUGGUUCUGGGGGAGAGGGCGGUCAGGGGCAAGGACAGACCGGGGAAGGGGUGUUUAGGACUGCCAGCCUGGCAGCUCUGCUACAACUACAGACCCAGGAACACAUGUCAAUGCUGGGCAUCACUGAGCCUCAGUCCUAUUCCCCCAGCUCUGAAUCUGAAGGCUCGCCCUCGAUGGAGGACCUCCGAGCAACUACACCUCCCAUCCUCAUCUUGUCCUCUUCUCUUUCACCUUCACGACCAUCUUCCUCUUCCUCCUCUUUUCUCCUCACACCAUCAGCCCUGUCCUUCCUCAAAGCCCGCUCCCCUCUCCUGGCCACCCUUGCGUGUCUAAGUGUCAGUCCAAGAGGUGCUGCCCGGGUACAGCCGUCCGGUUGGCUGGUGUUCCGGGGCGGGGGGCGUAAAGAGUGCGUGCUGGACGGGGAGCAGAUCUCCAGGGAGGGGGAAAACCUGCUUAGAGACUUCCCCAUCCUGAGGGCCUACCUGGGGGCCAUGGUUCAGCCUGUCCUGGGUACUUCGCUGGGGGCUGGGGAGGAUGGAGCCAGUGGUGGAGAUGGUGAAGACAGCAUAGGCCAGUUGUUCAGAGUACAGGACCCGUGUCUGAGGGCCCGUGUGGCCUUACAGGCCCUGGAGCGCUGGCCCCUCGGGCCCUCUCUGGAGCUGCUGGAGUUCUGCCUCAACAACCCCCACGUGGAGGCCUCUCUCAAGGGGGAGCUGGAGCACAGGAAGACGGAGCUGGACAUCUAUCAACGGAUGUUGAACCUGCAGCCUUCGUUGCCGUGGGCCACUUGGCAGGAGCUGAGGACAGAGUCCAGGAGAGAUCCCGAGUCCAUGUUUUCUAGGAUGUUGGAAGCCAGGGAGUUUUCUCUGUGUGCCCAGUGGAUGGCGCUGUACCCGGUCUCAGACCACCUCAGAUUACAGCUGCAGACGGAACACCUGCUACACCUGCUGGAGAAAGGACAGACGGACAACGCUUUCCAGCUGCUGGCGGGCCUAUCAGACUUAACCUUGGGUCUGGAGGUGUGUGAGCGCGCUCUGGACCGCCGGCCCGGAUUGGCCGCCUGCCACUUCCUGGCUAACUACCUCACUCUGCACUUCCAGAGCCAAGUGUCCCCAGCCCGCCGACGCCACAUCCAGGACCUUCACCUGGGAUCCAAGGUCCUCCUCACCCUCCCCCCCAACGCCAGACAGGACUACUUUCCCCUCCUCUCUGAGCCACUAUUAAUGCUGGAACAGCUCCUGAUGAACCUGAAGGUGGACUGGGCUGAAGUGGCGGUGAGGACGUUACAGAACCUACUAUUAGGCCGGGAGGAUGGCUUCACCACCCAUGACAUAGACAAACUACUCUCUAACUACGCCUGCAAGGCCCUGGACUUCCCCUACGCACCCACGGAGAGGUCUCGUUCGGAUUCUGUGAUCAGUCUCCAUGACCAUUGUCCUGCCCAGGACAGCUGUAGUACUCCGUACAACACCUCGUCCUCCAGCAGUUCCCGGGGACAGAGGGACGAUGCACGCGAGAAGAGUAUCCAGGACAGGCUCUCACGCGGAUCAUUCAACAGGCGUCACCAUGCAGGAGGUUGUGGUCGUGUGUGGCAUGCCUGCUCCGACCACACGAUGGCGGUAGAGGGCUGCACCGAGGAGGAGAAGAGAGUGCGCGUGUGUGACCAGUGUUACAGCUACUUCCAUCCAGAUUCUGAUGACACGCUGGAACAAGCUGAAGUUUCAGGUAGUCCUAUAUCUACAGAGGGAGUGUUAGAUUCAAUGCUUCACCUGCCAGAGGUCACUCACCGUCAGUUUCACCUCAGCACCAACCCUACAGACAACCUGCAACUACAGACAGAGUUCUACUAUGAACAG